UUUAUCACCUUUUUGGUAUUUCAGGUGGUGCACUUUAAGUUGAAGCAUAGCAUAUCCCAUAUAUCACAGCCUAUGCGACGAGGAUGAGCAACCACCACCACCGCCUUGCGAUGAACCUGGACAUGUCCGACGUGAUCGAGUUCGUGCUGCCCGCGAAGAGCGAGUACUCGGACGAUGAGAACGGAGGAGCCGUUGGCUUGGUGGACGCCACCGAGGACGCCACCUACGUGGUUCUGGACGGCCUGGGCAACGAGUACGACGAGGAGUUCCUCAUCGUCAACGAGGACGGCGUAGAGGGCGAGCUGCUGGUGGACGAGGAGCUGCAAGCCCUGCUAGUGGACGCCCGGGCGAAGGACACAACGCUGGACGAACAGGGCGAUCAGUAUAUGGUCACGGAACUGCAGCUUAGCGAAAUGGGCGAACUGGUGGAGGAGGAGCAGGAUCAAGAUCUAGGCGACUACGAGCUCAGCUACGCCCAUCCACCCGUGUCUGAGGAGCCAGAUGAUCUGGACAUGGAUCCACCGUCGUCGCCUUCCCCGCCACCGUCGCCAUCGCCGCCACCACCGCCGCCGGCGCCUUCUGUGCCGGCCAGCAAAGUGAGAUCAUCAUCUGCCCUCCAGAUCGCCAUACGCAGCUUUGCCAGCCAAAACAACGAUGACGAUGGCAGCGUCAAGGACGUGAAACCCAGCGAAAAGAUGCUGGAUGAGUUCAAGGGACCGCGCCGCUACCUGCUCUUCGACGACCUGAUAGCCACCAUUGUGGACUUUGACGAGGACAGCACACCCAUUGUGGAGUUCUCAAUGAUCAGCGACAUGCUGGACGAGAAGCUGCCGGUGGAAUGUGGCAUUUGCCCGGAUGUGAUGCAGAAGACGAAACUUUCCAAGCACCAGAAGACCCAUUUGGUCCCGGGGACCAAUCGCUAUGCCUGCAUCUACUGCACGGAGACGUAUCGCGACUGCAAAUACCUGGCUGGACAUGCGCGGCGCCACAUGGGCAUCCGUCCCUACGUCUGCGAACUGUGCACCCUGUACUUCUCCACCAAACAGGACCUGCGCGUGCACAACCAGCGGCGUCAUCUCGAAAAGGAGCACAUUUGCGAGAUGUGCGGCAAGACAUUCGCCCAGAAUACCCAGCUGAAGCGCCAUCGCGAGGCGACGCACGAGAAGAAGCGACGAUUCCAGUGCCAGUACUGCCAGAAGGCCUACUACAAGAACUUCUCGCUGCAGGAGCACAUCCGCAAUGUACACAUGGGCAAGCGGAGGAUGCUCAAGUGUCCGUUCUGCGGUUUGCAGUGUCGCGAUGCCCACAAGAUGGCCCGCCAUCGCAAGGAGAUGCACCUGAGCCAGGGCACGUAUGUGUGUCAUCUGUGCCAGGAGGAGUUCACCGACAUCAACUACUUUGAUGCCCACAAACGGUCCAUCCAGUGCCGCAGCAAUACGCGUCGCUAUGUGAACGUUAGGGAUGGUGAUGGGAAUCAGGGAGGAUCCGUUUCGGGGGGAAUGAUGGAUGGCCAGGACGACGAUGACGAUGGUUUGGGCCUGUUGGAGGAGGACUUCGACGAGGACGACGGUCUGCUGGUCGAGGAGGGCCAGGCGGAUGAGCAGGGGGCCAAUGCCAAUGGGCAUUAUUUGGACGAGGGCGAACCCCAGUACGUCCAGCUAUCGGAUUAUGAUGACCAGCGUCUGCUGGUAGAGAACGCGGUCGGCGAGGAUGACGACGAGGAUGUGGAGGAGGAGCUGCUCACCGAGGAGCAAUACUUUAAUGCUGUCCAACAGCAACAGCAGAUUAACCACCAUGUCAAUGGGCAGGACUACAACGACGAGCUGAUAUAUGAAAUCACCUUGAAGACUGAGGAUAAUUGAGUGCCGCUCCCUUGCGCAAGCCUUGUAAAUAGGACCCAAUUAAACAAUACAAUGUAAACGGUGUA